AUGGUCCACAGCUCCAAGUACGACCUCCUCGUCAAGCUCCUCCUCAUCGGCGACAGCGGCGUCGGGAAGAGUUGCCUCCUCAUGCGCUACUCGGACGACACGUUCACGUCGUCCUUCAUCACGACGAUCGGGAUC